AUGAAGUUAUUCAAAGAAAAUGCGCUCAUUUCUUCAUCUUCAUUUUGCAUGUCUGCGAGGUCAAGGGUAAAUGUUCGGGUAAAGUAUACAAAUUAUUCUAACAAAUCUGAAGACAUUUCUGAGCCUUUGCUAAUUAGAUCAACUAAAAAAAAAACAGAUGUGUAUAUUAAUUUAACCAAUGAUAAUAAUGAAAAUAAGAAAAAGCCAGAUGGAACGACGGUUCUUAACAAUAAUGUGGCACGACGAUUAGUGUUAGUCAAUGAUAACGAAAAUGAUAUUUAUACAUUUGUGAAAGCCAUCACAUUACCUCUAAAUAACACGAAUGAUAUCAAGGAGACACUUUAUUACAGGAGUGAAGAUCCUGCCCGAAAAAACUUUGAUCAAACAAAGCCACGUGAUAAACUUGGAGUUGGAAUAAAUUAUGGUGUCUGCUGGGUAUAUAAUUGGGAGACCAUCAACUUAAAGGGGAUGAUCCGCUUCCCGGCGAUUAUGAUAUAUGGAUGCGUGCGUACUUUGCUCCGAUAA